GCUAAAAGGCUAGUUGGAGCCACAAAAGGAACAGGCCACCAACAGAUAUCCCUUUCAUCAAAGCUAUCCCCUUAACCGAACAAACUUGCAACCGUGACAAUCGAAGACCGCGACUUGUGAUGGAGUAUAGACGAGAGAAGUUCUCACAGGAUAACCCUAGAGAUAAUAUCUCUAGACGGGCGAAACUAAAUUUCAGCAAACUGCAAUGGGCUCUUCUAGGUCCCAUCGCUUUUAUACUUCUCGCAGCCUCAUACUUCCUCAGUUACCCGAUCACAAUUGGUUCGACUAUUGCUGAGCUGCUGGACAGUUCCCCUGUUGUCAUACUCCCUCAAGGGAAAAUUCAUGGCACAAUCCUAAAUGUCGAUUAUCCCAAUCCCAUUGAGGGCUUCUUAGGAGUUCCAUACGCACUUCCUCCCACAGGAGAUCGAAGAUUCCGUCAUUUAACCGCACUCCCGGAUUCUUCAGAAACAAUCAGCGCUCGAGAGUAUGGAAAUAUCUGCCCUGGAAAGGCAUUCAGAUAUGUCGGAACACCUCCACCAAUGAGUGAAGACUGCCUCACGGCAAACAUUUAUCGCCCACAAGGUGUGAAGAAAGGUGCAAAAUUGCCAGUUGCUUUACAUCUACAUGGAGGAGCUUUCAACAGAGGUCACGGGUAUAUGCAAGAUACAGGAUCAAUGCUCGCUUGGUCAGAAAAGCCGUUUAUUGGGGUUAAUUUCAAUUGUAGGUAAGUCAAUGACGAGACCGAUGUACUCGUUUACAUGCCCGGCUGAUAUUUGAUGACCUAGAAUUGGAGCUUUGGGCUUUCUUCCCUCAAAUGUUACUGCAAGCGAGGGUCUGCUGAACCUUGCAUUACAUGAUAAUGAUUUCUUUUUCCAAUGGGUUAAGAAUAACAUCGCAUCUUUCGGGGGCGACCCCGAUAAUAUUACCAUUUUUGGCCUGUCCGCUGGUGCGCAUGCUAUUGGGCAUCAUCUUGUAAGUUGAUUUCUGCGUUUCUUCAAAUUGCAUAAGUUAUUCUGCAAAUCUCUGAAAGCAAGCCUUUUCCCAACUCAUAGCGUAAAGUCCGAAAUGAUGCUGAUUUCCUAAAGAUGGACAUGGAUCGAAAGCCAAUUUUCAAAGCUGCCAUCUUGGAGUCUGGAGCCAGUUCAGCCAGAGCGGUCCACCACUAUAGCUACGACUUACACGAGAAACAAUUUAGGGAGUAUGUUGACGAAUGUGGAUGUUCAGCUGUAAAAGAUUCGAAGAUAUUCACCUGUCUUCGUCGUCAACCCUCCGAUCGUGUCAUUGCUGCAUCAUUCAAGGUCUUCGACAAAUACAAUCCAACGGUCCGAUGGGCAUUUCAACCUGUCAUAGAUGGCGAUUUUAUCAGACGUUCUCCAACAGAAUCAUGGAAGAUGGGCAAAUGGCACAAGUAAGAAAUGUCUUCCACCAGAUACUGAUUAACGAGCUCUGAGCUAAGCAUUGGUCUCAUGACACAGAAUGCCUAUCAUUACGGGUUUCACAACCAACGAAGUAAGUUUAAUGACUCUUGUCUGAUCAGACUUCAUGUUGCUAAUCAUCUAAAGGCAACCUCUUAUGUGCCAUCAACUGUGGAUACGCCCAAAGAGUUCGAAGAUUUCUGGAGAACAUUGGUCCCCGCACUAUCUGAGGAGGAGUACAAGAAGAUCAAUUGUCUCUACCCAGACCCUUCGACCAACGCCAAAUCCCCAUAUAUCGAAACACGCAACAUCGAUGUCGGAUCCCAAUACAAAAGAUUGGAAGCCGCAUACGCAAACUACGCGUACAUAUGUCCAGUCAGAGCAACAGCUCAUCAUGCUUCGCUGGGCCAGGAGGAACCUAUCUAUGUUUACCACUGGGCACUCAAUAAGACCAUACAAGGAGGUGCCAAUCACGGAGACAACCAACUUUAUGAAGCCUAUGCGAAAGGUGCUCGAGAAUUCUCAUCCACGCAAGAGAAGAUGUCCGGUACUUUACACGCAUAUUGGACUUCGUUUAUCACUAAAGGCGGGGAUCCAAAUAAACUUCAGGGACGCUUUCAGGACCGGGCCAAAUGGACGCCUUUCGAAGUUGGGAAGCCAAAGAUAAUCAUGGCUCUGGGAGAGGACAAUGACGAGAGAGCGGGAGGAAGCGGUCUAGGUGUCAUUGCGCAGAUGAAAGAUGACAGUUGGAGGGCAAAAGAAUGCGACUUCUGGUGGUCCAAAGCAGAAAAGCUUCACCAGUAAUUUGAAAGUGCAACUGUUAGCAAGUCAGGUGAAUAUCCCCACAUAUCUUUAAAGCUUAGUGCUAUGAUUAACAAUGAUUUUAUAGUUACUUCAAUCAUUCAUUGUGGGUUAAGGUUACGCUAAAACAUACCGCGAAAGAUAAAUUAUCCUUCCCCACAUUCACAUUGGACAUUUGGGAGGGUUCCCUGCUAGAUAGCGACUCGUCUCUAAAACAGGAGACAGUCUUGUCAUCAAUGGGAAAUGUUGCCAGUUGACUUCCUUGUUAGCUUGCGCUAGGUUCUGCUGCAAAUCAGUUGUUUUAUAGAGUAGAUGAAAAUGGAAAGGCAAGGUUGUUUCGGAC